CCUCGUCCCUAUCUCUCCUCCCCUUAUCACCCAGACCUUGCCGCCAUGAACCAGGCACCCCGUAGCGGCCGUGAGAUUCAAUGCGCCAGUUAGCCGUCCCAUCCCAGGGUUGUGCUGGGCAAUAUCCACAACAUGCACGAGCGAGCUGCCAACCCCCACCGCCCUCUUGGUCAUCUGCACUAGGUUGGCCAGUCCUCCGGUUCACCGCGGCAGCGUCGUCUUGGUUGAGGAACGAAGGCAGCAUGCGAAGAACAUUGCAGGAUUCGCUCGCCCCCCUCGCAUGCAGCAAUGAGACCAAGAUGGCCAUGGGGAAUGGAUCAGCGGGCGUCUGCAUCAUUCUCCGGCAUCUCGCUGGACGACGUUGCUGGAUAUGGACAACGACGUCCGCGCCGGCAAAUAUGUUGCGAUCGGCGACCAGGUGAAGGAAGGAUCUAAAUUGCGUAUUGAUAUUUAUGACGUGGUUGUGGAUCAUCGUAUGCAGAUGGUUGCGGACGUGGUAAAUCCGAUCGAGCUUCUUGAGUCGUCCUCGGAGUCUGACGGAGGGAAGCAGGAUCGGCGGGUUGGAGGUCGCUUCUGGGUUCUCGCUGACGGCGACGACGAUGAGGACGACGACGAAGGGAACUGCGUCAGGGAGCCGCCAGAGUUGUAUUUGCCGAUGGAUGAUGCCGCUGGUCCUAGCGGUGAGUCGGAGCGACAAGGAUCGAGAGCUGAUGACAAGAUCAAAUUGGAUCGCCGGAUAGUUCACCGGAGAACGACGGCAUCCGCGAUCCGGCCAUGGAAAGGGUCGGUCCCCAAGGUAUGUCUUGCACCAAUCACAUUAUCAGACUUCUGGAGUAUGGAUUCUUGGACAAAAAUAACUCGAAAAAAGAAACAGAAUGGCCGGGCGGCGGGGCAGCCGCCGGCGCCGGCGACCGUCCGGCCGGUCGAGAUCCAGGCGGCCAAGAGAGCACGUUUGAAUCAGCUAUUGCGCCAGGUUGGGCCUGCGGUUGAUGAUGCCGGUACGGAGUCGGACAUGCGUGGGUAUGUGGCCCAACAUGAGACCCCCAUACCGAACCCUACCUGCGUGAUCCCUGACCCAUCGUGUGAUGUUCCUGUGGAUGUAUCGAUCAUUCCGCCUCAGGAACUGAUCGCUAGGGUUCGUCGUUUGACCACUCCUGGGUUUCCUAAGCUUGGUGCCGGCCGCGCCGCUAGGGUAACCAGGCCGCCGGGUGACGCCAUGGUGGGGCGUGGAGUGCCGCCACCAGAGCAUGGGGCCGCGCCCCCGGCACCUGUUCCAGCGCGAGCCAACCUUGCCGCGGCCCAAGGCCGGGCCAUCGUGAAACAGCCGGCGCAGACCGGCCAGGCCGCCGGCCGAGGUGGCAACUUUGCUGCCGGGCGGAACGACGCCCAGGCUGCUGGAAGGGACGGCGCCCAAGGUGCAGGACAGGGCGUUGCUCUGGUUGUUCCAGUUGCCGGGCGGGGCGGUGCCCUGGGUGCCAGGCGCGGCAACUGCUGGCGGCGCCGGGCAUGA